UAAAAGUAAAGAUGUACUAAAUUAAAAAAGAGUAUAAGUUUAGUCAUAUGGUGUCGCUAAAACACUACCUGGCAGAAGAAGAAGAAAAUAUUUUUUCCCACAAUCCUUUGCGUUCGGUAGACUGCUUACGUCAAUCCUGCGACGAAAUUUGAUGCUAAACAAGUCACUGACAUUUUGACAAAAUCACUAUGGAAACGGAACAACCAAAGAACGAGAGCGAUUCACAUACGCCUCCAACCUGUCAGUCAAAGAAGCCGAGCCAAGCUCUGUACGUGCCAAAGAAACGUCUCCAACCCUCUAAAGACAAACCUCAAGUUGAAGGGGAAUUAAAACCAAAGCCCAGGCCUCGCUACACGGACAAGGCUCGAAAGAACGCCAAGAACAAGAAGGACAAGGCAGGAGGAGCGGGGGAUAAACAGUCAUCCGUGGAAGCAGAUGGAGCUGAGAUGCAGAGUGAUCUCACCAACCCUCUUGUGGAGGAGAAGCAGCUCCAUGGUCCAGAUGUUGACACUAAUGGGUGUCUCAACUCAGAAAAUGUUGACACAGAUGUUUUGUCUCAGCAUGAAGAAAAGGGACAAGAUGAGAGUUGGGACACUUUAUUUAAUGAUGAUGGCGAUUGUCUCAGCCAUCGGCUGUCCGAAGAGCUAUCUUUAAGUGAAGAUGGAAAGACGAAGUCACUCCAGGAGGCCAGAUUUGACUAUUACAACAUGAACAGAUUUGAUGACGAUGAUGAUGACGACGACGACGACGACGACGAUGUGGACGACAAUGCGGAGGAGCUCUCUCACAUCAUCGAGAUCUACGAUUUUCCACCCGAGUUUAAAACAGAGGAUCUCCUCAAGUUAUUCCAGGCAUACCUACAGAAGGGCUUUGACAUCAAGUGGAUUGACGACACACGUGCACUUGGUGUCUUUGCAAGCCCCAUUGCAGCCCGUGACGCUUUAAGAACUAAACAUCCGCUGAUGAAGUUGCGACCACUUUCCAAAUCCUCUUCUGCGACAAAGGCCAAAGCACGCAGCUGCUCAGAAACUCUUCUGCCUGCUAAGGAGAGACCUCAGACCAGCGCCGCUCUGGCCCGCAGGCUUGUCAUCGGUGCCCUCGGUGUGAAGAGCACCCUGACAAAGGAGCAACGGGAGGCAGAGAGGAAGAAGCUCCAGGAAGCAAGAGAACAAAAGCGUCUGGCAGCCAAACAGAGGGAAGAUGCUUGGGAGGGAAGGUGAUUGGAGAGAAAACUCGCCUGCCUUGCUCCGUUUGACUCAUUUCAGGCCACGCCCACUUACUGCCCACACUUCCUUGACAUGCAGUCCCACCAUUUUCCAAACAUGCCAUAUCCUAUGUAUGUAACAAUGUAAAAUUUUCAAAGGUUGGUUCAUUUUGUGGAAUGGUUACCUGCAACACAAUACAGCACCCAUUUCCUGCUUUCCUUGACUCCUGGUACUGAGUCAUAUCGGAAUAUUGUAUACUGUAUAUCACAUUUUCAUUUGUUAAGGACAGGAACGGACAUGACGCAUAAAUGGUCUUUUGACAGUGUUUGUUUAUGAAGAAAUCGUUGCCAGUAGAUUUUAUUAAUUAAUUGUAAUGUUUGGUUUUGUGUGUGUGUGUGUGUGUGUGUAAACUAUCCGAGUGGUUCACAUUACUAUUAUAUUUAGGGUUUUUAUCCAGUCGUCUGGCUAGUCUGUCUCUAUACAUGUUUGCGCAGCAGUUCAAAUGCUAUAAAGCUACUUUUUUUAGUUUAAAAUGAGGGCGCACUGGUAGUAAUUUCAUGUACAUAAUUUUCUCUGUAGUGUGGAGCCUCCCAUUGACCCUUGCAGUCACUUAUUUUCUGCAACAUGAUUACCCAAACACUGGAUGACAGAACCCUGUAAAUAUAAUGAGGUGAAUUAAACUACGACCUCUGUUUUCCAUUA